AUGUGCCGGAGGUCAUCUAUGAAAAUUGCAAAAUGUGCUGCUGUACUGCUGAGUCUGGGCUAUACGCUGAAUGUGGUGGCGUGCACGCAACAGGGAGCUCGGAACCUUGUCGGGAUCGCCAUGCCGACAAAGUCUUCUGAGCGGUGGAUCAAAGAUGGUGCUACGAUGAGAGAGCUGCUGGAAAACAAGGGCUAUCAGGUCGAUCUCCAGUAUGGCGAGGAUGAUAUCCCUACGCAAAAAUCCCAGAUUGAGAAUAUGAUUACCAAAGGGGCCAGGGUUCUGGUCAUUGCGCCAAUUGAUGCUUCCACAUUAUCCAGUACUCUGGACAAUGCGGCAGCGGCCGGAGUAAAAGUCAUUUCUUACGAUCGCCUUCUGAUAAAUACUGAUGCAGUUUCCUUUUAUGCUACAUUUGACAAUCGCAAGGUGGGGCAGCUGCAGGCCGAAUCACUGCUUGAGGGCCUGCGGCAGCUCCGGGGGGAGGGCCCGUAUAAUAUUGAGUUAUUCGCAGGCUCUCCGGAUGAUACCAAUUCCUUCUAUUUUUAUUCGGGAGCCAUGGAUGUCCUGCAACCCCUGAUUGAUGAUCAAAUCAUUCGCAUCCCUUCGGGGCAGACAGCCCAGGCUCAAAUCGGUACUUUACGCUGGGAUGGGGCGGUAGCCCAGGCCCGUAUGGAUGCGAUACUGGCCGCAAAUUACAGUGCAGGAGCAGUCCUGGAUGGAGUCCUUUCUCCCUAUGACGGCAUUUCCCGGGGAAUCAUAUCCGCGCUGAAGGCUUUUGGGUAUCAGCCCGGGCAGAAUCUUCCUGUAGUCACGGGUCAGGAUGCCGAGUCCUCAUCCAUUAAAUUAAUCAUUCGCGGCGAACAAUAUUCGACAAUUCUGAAAGAUACCAGAGAGCUGGCUGCGGUUGCUGCGAGCAUGGUGGAUGCCGUUUUAAAAGAUACACAACCAGAAAUUAACGAUACGACAACAUAUCACAACAAUGUAAAGGUUGUGCCUUCUUAUCUCCUGGAACCUUACACUGUGACCAGAGAGAAUUAUCAGGAAUUAGUGAUUGAUUCCGGCUAUCUGGAGCCCCGCGACAUCCAGUAG